CGGUCGAGCCCGGCGCGGCGGCGAACGAGACGAUCGCACGGGGCGCGGCAUGGGGGCUGUGCUGCCCGGCGGCGCUCGGCGCGACGGCGGGGACUCGCAGUGACUCGGCGUGAUUCGGAGUGACUCGGGGUGACUCGGAGUGAACCGCAAGGGCUGUGUCCGGAGGGUCGUCGCCAUGGCAGCCAAUAAUCGGCUCGAUCACGUGAUGCAGAUUGUACAGCAUGACACACGAGCUGCUCAGAUGCGCCUGUCGUCGCCGCACAAGAAGCGACGUCAUCGCGACACGGAGGAGGAGCCGACGUCCGGUUUCAGCGCCGCGCUGCGCCGCGAGCCGCCGCCGCUGCCGGCCGCCCUGCAGCGGCGGCUCGGCACGCCGCAGGAGAGCACCGGACUGGGCAAGGUGCGGGUGCUGUUGCGCGUGCGCCAGGCGCAGCCGUCGUCCCACUUCAGCGUCGACCCGCGCCGCAAGCAGGUGACCCUGGUCGACCCGUCGGCGGCCGCCGGCACCGUCGCGCCUGAGAGCCGCCGACUGGGCGUGGCCGCCCCCAAGAUGUUCGCCUUCGACGGGGUGUACGACUGCGACGACCCCCAGACUGAGAUCAGCACGAGUGCCUUGGUGGACGUUGUUCACGCCGUUAUAAACGGCAACGACGGUUGUGUCCUCUGCCUUGGCCAGUCCAAAACAGGCAAGACGACCACGAUGCUGGGCGGCAGCGGCUCGGCCGAUCAGCUGGGUAUCAUCCCGUGCGCCAUCUCGUGGCUGUACCGCGGCAUCGGCGAGCAGAAGCAGAAGAGCGGCGCCCGCUUCUCGGUGCGCGUCUCGGCCGUGCAGAUCGCCGGCGCCGCCGAGAACCUGCGCGACCUGCUCAAGGACCACGCCAAAGACUCGGACCAGUCUCCGGGCGUGUACCUGCGCGAGGAUCCGGUGCUCGGCAGCCAGCUGCUCAACCAGUCUGAAAUCAGGGCCGAGACGGCCGAGAAGGCGGCGCUCUAUUUGGACAGCGCGGCGGCGGCGCGCGCCGCCUCCGAGGACGGCGGCCGCAGCUCCCACCUUCUCUACACCCUGCACGUGUUCCAGUACAGCGUCAAGUCGGACAAGAGCAGCGGAGUGACGGGCGGGAGGAGCCGCCUCCACCUGUUCGACCUGGGCGGCUUCGAGAAGACCAAGGUGUCCGGUCUCACCCUGUCCGCCGUGGGCAACGUCAUCGUCUCCAUCUUCAACGCCCACAAACACCUGCCCUGCAGAGACAGCAAGCUGGUGCACCUGUUUCGUGAGGCGAUGGGGUCCCUGACCUGCCAGACGACGAUUGUGGCGCACGUGAGCACGGACGCGGCGCUCUACGCCGAGACGCUCACCACCGUUCAGCUGGCCAGCAGAAUACACAGAAUGCGACGGCGGCGCAUCAAGCCGCACGGCUCGUCCGGCUCGGGCGGCUCUGCCGAGGAGAACCGGCAGGCGCGACUGCGCAGCUCUGGCGAGGAGUCGUCGGGCCGCUCCUCCUCGGACGUCGACCCGUCCAGCUCCGAGCAGUCGGCCGACACCGUCAUCUACCUGGGCCCGGGCGCCGACGAGUGCACCGACGGCGAGCACCCGCCCGUCUACAUCCCCAGCCUGACCAGCGACAACCGCGCCGCCAUGAGCAAGGCACUGAAGGGGUCCAGUGCGGAGGGGGGCAAGUGUCGGAGUCCGGCGCGGACUCACAGCAGCUCAUCGACGCCGACGCACCGGCCGGCGGCGACGGCAGCAGCGCCCUUCUCCCCGCAGCACCGGACCCUCGACAAGCUGACCGGCGCCGUGCCCAAGAGCCCCCAGGUGAAGCGGAAGGGUCACGAGGCGCGCCACGCCGCUGGGCCCGAGAAGGUAGCGCCGGCUGGUGCGACGCCUCAGGAACAGUGGAUCGACGGACCACGCUUUUCCCGCUCCCGUAUAGCCGAGGCGCAGAAGAUCAAGACCCGGCAGGAAACGUGGAUCGACGGCCCAUCGGGAGGCGCCCGGGCGCCGGCAACGGCGUCUCUUACGCCAGCGGCGGCGGCGGCGGCCGGGGCUAUCCCGAAGACGGGCCGUCCGGCGGCCGGCCGCGCCGCGCCGCCGCCCAUCCAGGGCUACGGCUUCAUGGACGAUCACAAGAAGUCGAUGAUCACGCGCUGGGUGGAGCACCAGAUCGAGGCCGUCUCCACCAAGAAGCGCACCAAGUCGGAAGAGACCGCCCACCGCGCCGGUCAGUACAAGGAGCUGACCCAAUUCAAGACGCAGGACGACGAGCCGGUCGAGGCCAAGAUCAUGACGCAGUUCAAGACGCAAGACUCGAGCGGAGAGAGCAGCCCCCUGCCGGAGCGGCACGCUCGGCCGGCCGCCGCCAGGAAGGGCUCCCCGGAGGCGUCCAGCACCCUGCCCAGACCGAAAACGCGCGGUUCUUCCGCGGAGAAGGAGUCGUCGCCCCCUCUGGCGGCGGAGAAGCCAAAGGUCGCGCCGAUACCCAGCGACGUCACGCCACCGGCUCCGUCCAUCGGCCUUGAGGCCACACCCUCUCUGGACGAGAUUUGCGCUCAGUGCGAGCAGCUGGUGGACGUGCUGACUCAGGAGAAUGACGUCAAACGGCCGCCGGCUGGCCGGAAAGUGUCGCCGCCAGAUGGCAGGAGCUCCGCACCGCCAGAGGGCAGGGAGAUGGCCGACGCGGCACAGAAUACGGAGGACGCCGACAGUCUGGCGGAAGAUUGCUCGGAGCCGGGCCGCCAGCCUUCGAGCUCGUCCAGCUCGGACGUGGCCAGGGGCGAGAUCAUCGAAGUGGAGGAGCGCGACGAGCCGGUGCCCAUGACCGACUCGUGCCUGCAGGUGACGGAAGAGGACAUUGCUCGCUGUAUGGGCAUCAUCACCAAGCCGCUGCUGCUGCCGCCGCCGGAUCUGGACGAGAACGGUCAUCCGCUGCGGGCGCUGAGUGAGGAGAACCUGACUUACGCCUCGAGCUUCUCAGACAUGUACACGCUGCGGGGCGGCUCGGACUGUGAGCCGCUGUACGACGAGCCCGGGCUCGGCGCCAACCCGCUCAGCACGCUAGAGAUCCCCGACUACGGCAAACUGUGCGACGACCUCAGCCUCACCAACCAGCGGCUGGACGGCAUCAGUCGGCUGCACGACUUCUACCGCGACCUGGCGUCGCAGCCGCCGCCGCCGCCGCAGCCGACCCCGCUCAUCUCUGAGCUGUUGUUCGGUGGCGACCGGAGCGAGACCAACAGCGUGUGCAGCGAGCCGGUGAGGCCGGUGGCCUGCCAGCACUGUAAGACGCUCAAGAAAACCGACUCGCUGCGACACGGCAACUACGUCAAGAGCAUCAAGGACUGGCUGGCGCUGUUGCCGGACCUGGAGAGUGAAGCCGAAGAGUACAUCUGUGAUAACUGCCGGCGCAAACAGAACGAGGAGCUGGACCAGCUGGGAGACGACUUCGAGAUCCAGAGCGACAUCACGCCGUACCUGCCGACCUUCUCCAACCUCUCGUCGCUGCGCCACCCGGACGGUGCCUCCAACCCCAACCUCUCCAAGCACGCCAGCUUGGUGCUGGACGAGGAGCUGUCCCUGCCGCCGCCGCCGCAGCCGCCAGUGGUGGCGCCACCGGCGCACCUUGACGAGCGCCUCCCGGGCAACGGCGCCUCGGGCUCGGACGAGGACACGUCGAGUGGCGCCGCCCGCCAGCUGAAGGGCCUGACGGAGGCGGUGGUGAUGGUGGCUGGCCGCGUCGACCCGGCCCCACCGCCGGAAACCGUGCCGCAGGAGCUUGACGAGAGGCAGGUGGCGGGUCGACCGCGCUCGCGCGCCGAGCAGCUCUCCCCGGUCAAGACCAAGGGCAGCAAGCUGGGCCGUCUGUUCGGCAAGGGCCGGAGCGUGUCGCGCAGCCCCUCCAAGCUGGCCAAGGGCCGGUACGUGAGCGCCGAGGUGACGGGCUCCAUCUGCUCGCCGCGCUACCCAGAGCGCGGCCUCAAAAAGGACAAGAAGGCGGAGAAGAAGGCGACCGAGGAGAGGAAGAGCAAAUCGAAGGAGCGCAAGCCGCGCAGCGACUCGGCCUCGUCGGGUGCCGAUGUGGCCAAGCCGCGCCUCGAUCGGUCCGCCUCGCUGGUGCAGCCGCGGACGGCGCGGGCCGAGAAGGCUCUGCGCUGCGUCGAAGAGCAGCCCGACUGGGCGCGCAGCAUCAAGAGGGAGAAGUAUAACUUCACUUGCGACACGACGCUGCCGGCCUUCCUGCCGAACGUCUCCAGUGGCUACGACAGCGGCAACGACUCAGGCAUCGGCCUGCGCAAGUCCCAGAAGAAGCGGAAGGCGGCCGAAAGCUCCGGCUACGAGAGCGUACUGCCGCCCAGUGAGUGCUCCAGCCUCGAGUCGAGCCAGGAGUCGGAGGAGGAGCCGCGCCUCAACAAGAAGAACGGCCAGGUCCAGGCCGGGUCGCCGGCGCACAAGGCCGGCACGCGGCCGGGCUCCGACGGCCGGCACUCGCUGUCACGCCACUCUCGCCCCGGCGAGCGCCAGCACGGUCACGACAGCCUGCGGGCCGAGAUCACCGCCAAGGCGGCUGCCAAGAAGACCUGGGCCCCCGGCAUUCCAGUCUUCUCCCGGCUGUGGCACCGGAAGCCCAAGCUUCCGCCCAACGGGCCGCCGCCCUGAUCACGUGACCCGAGGGACGCCGCUGCCGCGACCCGAGACCGGGCCAGGCGAGCGCGGCGGUCACGGCUUCCUCUAGUCGCUUGGUGUCCGGCGCUGUGCUUGGCUCAGCGGAGAGGACUGUGGCGGGCCGGGCGGGCUCAGAUGGGCCGGACGACGCGCGGCAGGCGCUCCGCAUCAGGUACGCAGCGGUGACUGCCGGCAGGCGGAGCGCGGCCGCUUCGCGAAGCCGCGGCUGCUGUGGAUCAGGUACGCAGCGGUGACUGCCGGCAGGCGAAGCGCGGCCGCUUCUCGAAGCCGCGGCUGCUGUGGCUGCUGGACCGUCUAUUUUACGAAUGGCUGGCGCAGAUUUGUACAGUGUUAAGCUUCGGCAGUGAUCUCUUUAUUAGUCAUCGAUAAUGCAACGAUGGCUUUUGUUUAUUCGGGAUGUCCUUGGUGCGUUCGCAGUCGUGUAGUCUUCGGUUGGUUCAUUUUGUUUGAAUUGAUUUUGAAGCCAGGCAUGCGGUGCAGCAUCGGCUGAGCACGACAACCGACGGGCUUCUGGACGCGUGUAUGUACCGACAUGAUGAUGUAGUAUUUAUAAUUUUCUAUUUUGUACAUAACCUGGAUCGAAUAAAUAAUGCUUAUUACCCGCCAAUCACCGCGGUUUCCCUCGUGUUUGGAAUCGACUCGGCAAAACGACCCUGAGGUGACAAGGGCAUUGCAGAACCUGAAGGCAAUGCGACUUAUAAUGUCUAUCUAUCGGUGUCAAACUUUGGACAUGCUCAAGCUGCUCCAGGAGUCUCAGAACUAUAAGACUCAACAGGAGCUUUGUGCCUUCGAGUCAUUGAGCAUGCAUGAUAACAACCGGUUCGCUUUAGGUACUAGCUCCAAACAGAAACGAGUCAUUGUCACAUGUUACGGAAAUUACAUGACAUCAUGUCAAUAUUAAAAUGAGAAGAAAGUACGUCAUCGUGAGAUGGGUGGAGCCGUUGAGCCUAAGCCAACCACAGAGAGCAAGAUCACCUUGCAAUCCCGGGACAGUGUGAUGCAGCAGUCGGUUGGUGUUGCGCUGAGGGCAACUUUUUGAAGGACGUAUGGGCUCACAUUGCAGAUGAUGUGCAGCUAAGGUCCCCGCGGAAUAGAUAUGGUGGAAGAACGGAUAUGGCAGUUAUCUGGUUGCCAAAUGUCUGGGUUUGCACGGCGGCGAUCCUAGUAGGUGCCCAUAAUCCAACUGGCGGCUGGUUGAUGCAAUAGCGGGCCACUCGACCGAGGAUGAGUCACUUGGCCGAGGGGGAGGGGUCCGCGGGGUGGUUGUGUGGCUUAUGGACGGCGGUUGGCAUAUGGCCACAAAGUGGACUGUUUGAUGGCGUUAAGUGAAUUUUGUCACAUUGACGCAGUGAAGGCAUCCGUACCGGUAUCCGUAUCCGUAUUGGAAGUGUCGGCAGGGGUCCAGCAGAUGUUUCGGUGCAUCUGCCACCCAGCUUAGUUGUCCGGGAUGUCGUUGAAAGUCCCCGGGAUGCAUUAGUCCGGCGCCGGGAGCCAAGGCUGGUUAGUCGCAGAGGCAAAGUAACGGACGAUCAUGGCCGACAGCUAGUCGUGUUUGAUUUCGAGCAGAUGCUUCGCAACAUCUCCCAGCAAGCGUCCCGAACACUGCGGUGUGGAACCAUGCAUGCAUAUUCCACGAUGGUGCUUCUCACAAAACAAAUACGACCACCAAAAUUGGCAAAAGACGGGCUCGUUGGCAUCGACUUGAGCUUGAAAGUUGCAACUGUUACGAGCAUACCUACAAUAGCUACAGCUCAAAAAGUUCCAAUGAUACAACGCACGUUCGUACCAGGCAUCGCGUUUUUUGGCGCAUUCGGUUUUCGAGCGCCUGACUGGGACGAAGGCAUAUCCAACGGCAAAACCAAAGGUGCCCUCUCGCACAUCCGACGAAAGAAUGCACAUCCAGUCUUCCAACGUUACAGCCGCAGAGUAGAGCCCGUCUCCACAUGGCUCUGGCAGAGUGAGAAAUAAAGCCCCAAUCAUUGUCUUUAACCACAGCAUGGCCGGACCGGGGCCCCACAGCGGGAUCGUCUCGAGCCUGGCGAGGUCUCAGGGUCGCACCAGCAGCACGCGGCAAACGCACCUCACUCCACUACGCAUCACAGAAGCCAGGCGUUCCUACGUUACAGUCACGCACCGGCACAAUUCUUAGAGGUACGUUAUGCACGUCAGAUCUAACGUUCAACACGUGACGUACGUAGAGCGUGACUGACCCCUGGCGCGCAUAUGACCUUUCUCCAGGCCACCGCCGCCGGGUAUGCAACACUUCUGUGGUCCUCAGGCUCACGCGGGCUGGGCGCCUGGCCAGGCGAUGACUGCCGUUCCGUGACACGCCCUGCGCCGAGGCCAGUCGGCGUGCGCGGCUGCCGUUCCGACUGCCGUUCCGUGGCACGCCCUCCGCCGAGGCCAGCCGGCGUGCGCGGCUGCCGUUCCGACUGCCGUUCCGUGGCACGCCCCCCGCCGAGGCCAAUCGGAGUGCGCAGCUCCGCCGCACCCAGUGUCCGCGCCGCAACCGCCGCAACAUGCCGGAGCCGCACACUGGGGGAGCAGCACACCGCACCACAGCUGCCGACCCGUCCCGCCGGCCAGCCGGUCGCUGUGGGUAGACCGGCACAAGAAGGGCGGGGAGGGCGGGAAACCGUGCGGGGAG